GGCAAGGCACAGCUACGCAGCACAUCGCUAGAGUUACCUACAUCAGUACUCUAGCGAACAUUCCGAGCGUUGUAGGCCUUCUACUCUUACCAUCUUCACUUAGCUACUCCCGUUGUUAUUCUCUUUCUUUCCUGUGCGUUUCCAAGUGUCUACAGUUCCAUAUUUGCUUUAAAAUCUGUAUAUAUGUACGUAUAGCGAACCCUAGCCCUUCACCUCCGUUGACGGCAACAGCCAGGCAGCGAAGCACGGCCCAGACCAGCGGGACUUUGCCUCCCUCGGUCAAAACAAUGUAUCCGUAUCCCCAGCGGCCCGGCGUGGUGUCACAGCCACCAACCGCCUUCACAACUCCGCAACAACGACCUCCAUCAGCUUACGUGCCCCCUCCACCGCCCGUCGCCGCCCCGAACUUCAACUUGGACCUAUACAGCAUGCCUUCCGGCUCUGUAACAGCGCUGCGACUAAGAGUCUCGGAGGAUGUUCGGUUAGAACCCCCGGUCCCCGUCUCCUCCUCGCUGCUCCCCUCGUCCCUCUCCGCUCAAGCGACUCCCAUCCCAGACCUCUCGCUAGAGCGGCAAUUGCUAGAGGGAAGCAGGGGGCAGGGCGAGGCAGCAGCAGCCGGCAGCAGCAGCAAUGCUGGAGGUGGUGGUGCUGGAGGGAGCGGCGGUGGAGAGGGCGGCAGCAUGGAUGAUGCGAAGAGGUACCUGGCGAGUGUAAAGUCCGGGGAGCUGCCGUCCGAUCCCGCAGUACGGCAGCUGGCGGGGCGGGGACUGCCCCCGGGCCCCGCAGCGCUGGGGGUGGUGUACGGCAGGGGCGGCCGCGGAGGCGCGGAGAAGGCUGCUGACUUCGCCUCCCGCUGCGAGCAGCUGGUCACCAUGGGCUUCCCGCUGUCCCUGGCGGCGGGGGCGCUGUCGCGGCACGGGAAUGACCUGGGGGUGGCAACGGAGGCGUGUCUAGCGCUGGCUAGCUAGCUGGGCUGGACUUCAUGUAGCUAGCCAGGUAGUGGCAGCUGGGCAGCGGGUGGCUAGGGUAGCUGAUGGUACCGCUUGUGGGAUGCUGCUGGUGUUGUUGUUGUUUGGAGCCCAGGUAGGUAGAAUGAGGAUGGAUUGGGCAGGCUAGCGAGCCGGGGAAAGGCCUUGGUACCUUUAGAGUUGGCUGGCGUUGCUAGGGUGCAUGUGGGAUACGUUGUUGGGAUACGGGUGGACUCCCGUUGUGGUGGAGCCAAGGUGCCCGCCAGGACUGGAGUGAAGACCGUUGUGACGUUGGUGACGCUCAUGAGUCACAAGGACGGGGUGAAGGAGAUUGAACUGUUGACAGCUUCAUGGCAACCAUGCGGCUGCCGACAGCGGCGGUCUUGGGGCAAGGUGAAGGCGAGGGGUUUCAUGGCUGCAGGGCCCUCUGCAGGACGGGGAGCGCCUGCAGGCCGCUGUCCGUGC